AUGAAGGUGCUAGCCAGGAGCUACGUCUGGUGGCCAGGCAUCGAUGCCGCUGUUGAAGAGUGGGUCAGCCGGUGCCGACCCUGCCAGGAGUCCCGACCGGAAAUGCCACAGGCCCCGACUCAAUGCUGGGAAUCGACCCGCACUCCCUGGUCCUGCAUACAUAUUGAUUUUGCGGGCCCCUUUCAGGGUAAGACUUUCUUGGUCGUAGUCGACUCCUACUUUAAAUGGUUGGAGGUAGUCACCGUCCCAUCCAUGACGGCGCGCGGGGUUGUCCGGGAGCUGCGCCGCCUUUUCGCGACCCACGGCCUGCCGGACACGGUGGUCUCGGACAACGGGGCACAAUUCACGUCGGCCGAAUUCCAGGACUUUAUGGCAAGGAACUUGAUUCGCCACGUGACCUCGGCGCCUUUCCACCCAUCCACCAACGGCCAGGCUGAGCGGAUGGUCCGGACGACAAAAGAAGCCCUGCGGCGACUCGCCCAAGGAGACCGGGACACAAGCCUGGUGGACUUUUUACUAGCCCAGCACGUCACCCCAAGCUCCGUGACCGGGAAGAGCCCUGCCGAGCUCCUGAUGGGUCGCCGACCUAAGACGCUGCUCGACCGCCUACAUCCAGACCUCACACCCGAUAAAACCAGCCGAGAGGCACCUACAGCCGCCCCGAGGGUCGUCGAGCAGGAAGACCCCGUCUAUGCCCGGAACUACGGGGCCGGGCCGGCAUGGAUCCCGGCCACGGUCCAGGAAGCAACCGGCCCGGUACCAUACCGGGUCGCCACCCCGGAAGGCCGCUGCCUGGCUGACCUCAACCCUGCCACGGUGACUCCAGUGCUCCCCAGCAUUGCGGACCCGGAGGUCGCCGGAGCAGCGGACCCUGAGCUGAUAGGUGAGUCACCAACAGCCUCAUGGACCGCAUUCACCGAUGCUCAGGCGGGGGAAGCAACCGCCACCUCGGGCACGAGCAGCGGCGUAAUCCUGGAUCUAUGGAUGCCCCCAGCUCCAGCAACUCCUGUCCCCGCUCCCCGCUGGUUGCAAUGGGUCCGAACAAGACCGGCCUAUCUCAAGGACUUUGUAUGCUCGAGCAUUGUCUGGACUUAG